AUGCUACUAUGGCACCUUUGCGCCCAACUUUCCAUCCUUCCCUGCUGUGAGGCCACACCCACUGCGAAGCCGUGGGGCCUUCAAAGCCAAGGCCAGCGUGUUGCCAAGAUCCCCCAGCGGUCGGGUACACAGCAGGCGACAGUGAGCUCCAGUGUGACACCUGCUGUCCUGGUCCUCGGGCUGAUCUUCGGGUCGGCAGCUCUUCUUCGCGUGGGUUACACACCGCUUGUGCAAGAGGUUCUCUGCUUCAGAAGUAAAGGCCACGAGCUACUGUUCGCCAUCUUCACUGCAUGCUCUAUCUUGUGGUUUCUUUCGCCGAGCCACCUGGCUGAGCGAGUCGCCCGCCCCUUGCGGCCUUUAGCCCUGCGAUUUGCAUCCCAAGGGCAGACUCGGCUUUCGGCUGUGACCUUGGCGGCCAGUGAUCUGCUGAGGUACGCGGCCACCGCUGCGCAAGCAUUCUUCGCGGCUUGCCUGGUGAUGCAAGCGCUGCCUGCGCAAGCACGAUAUCUUCUGCCUUUCAUCCCUCGCAAUGCUGCAUUCAUAACAGGGACGGGCGCCACAAAGAUCAUGGGUCCCUGGAUGGGGCGGCCAGCCGCCCUAGGAGGCUGGAUGAUGGAGCUGAUGGGAAUUUUAAUCUCCCACAAGACAUUUCUCCUGCUCACCGCGCUCUCGGCAUUUCCAACUUACCGCUUCGUUUGGCGAGCCUUGGAGCCUUCGCCAAUCCCAGAAGGCGAAACUAGAGGUGCCGGGGGGCAGCUGGUCCGUGAGCUUCUUCGAAGCGUCCUGUCCGGUGCGGUGCUGGCUGGGGGAGUGCGGGCUGCUUUCGCAGCAGCUGGUCGAAGUUUGCCAGACGCCGCGCUUCUUCCAGUGCUGGCGUUCAUCGCCCUGGCUGGGGUCCAGCCCGUGCAAGACUUGGCGGCACGCGCGUUUGCGGCUGUGCAUCUGCGUGCGAUCAAGAAGAAGCGCCUCCGGGGUAUGCUUGGCGGGAAGAUGGUCAAUGGCAGUUUGCAGGGCUUCAGCGGUCUUGCGGCACAAGUGGCCACGAAGGAAGGAGUCCUCCAGCUGCCCGCAGCCGCCGCCCUCCGCCUCGCAAAGCGCCCGGCGCCUCGGGAGCUGGGGAGCGUGGAGGUCCCGGUCAAGGGGGUCGCCAAAGGUAUCGAAGCCGCGGAAGCUGCGCUCUCCUCCGGAAGCCGGAAGAAGAAGCUGCUGGCCAUUCCGUUCCUGCUUGCCUUCGGUACGCUGCUGUGGAAAGUGCCCAGUGCUGGUUCUUUCGCGUAUGGCCUCGGUGUGAGCAUGUACUUGAGCGCUUUCGUCUUGCCCCCACCCUUGAUCGUGAUCCUCGCCCUUGUCAUCCUGAUCUUCGGAGGCCCUGCACCAUCGCUGAGCUCCAAAGGCUUUGCGCUUGGCUUGGGCUUGAGCGCACUGAAGCAGCUCCUCGCUGGUCGGGCCCAGCCGUCGCUGGUCACCUGCGACGGGCUCAACCUGGAAAAGGGAGAAGCAACAAUUGCAUGGCGGACGACGUCGGCCGUGCCCGCAGAAGAGGUGGCGCAGCAAGUGAGGGAUGCAGCAGCAGCGGACCAGGAUGGCGAAAGCCUGAAGAAGCUGGGAAGGAAGUUGCGCAUCAAAGCCGUUGCCUUGAGUGUGGUGGCAGCUCUUCUCAUCCUUUUGAUGUGCAGGUGGCCAAGUUUGGUGGAGUGGGUCGAGCACAAUGCCCCUACCUCAGGCCACCGCUUGCUGAUCGUGGGAAUGUCUUCUGGCAUUGCCCUGCGGCUGAUGAACUUCGAAGUUCUUCAGCAGGGGGCACGUCGGGUGCUGCCGGCUCGUCUGGCAGGCGCCAGUGGAGGGCCUGGCAAGGCUGCUCAUUGGUUCCUGGCCGUCAACACGCGAGCAUCCGCAGUUUCCGCUGCAGUUGCAUUCUUCAUACCCAUGGUGGGCAUCGUGCAAAAGAUCGCAUAUCACCUGGAACUGAAGAAGGAGGUCGCCUGGGUGGAUGCCUGGGCUCUCCAAAUCUCCACGGCCUUCGUCUUCCUCGUGCUUAGUGUGCAGGCUGCGAGAGUGCUCAGCCGCAGCCUGCCAACAGCCAGCAACCCAGCCGCUGGCCUCGCCCUUGCGUGUGUGCGGGCAUGGAUCGUUGGAGCAGCCAGUGCCGCGAUCUACGGGGCGAUUCUCUUGGCCGUGGGAGCACCCGGGCCGAUGAGCCCUGGCUUGUUGGGCGGCGCUGUGGGCAGCUGCCUUGCGGCUGGUGUCGCUGCGGGCUCCCUUGCUCUCGCCUACUUCGUGGCUCAGGACUGGCUGACCCGGCUCUACCUGCGCGCUGGUCAGCUCUUCUGGCUCCGGGCAAAAGAUCAGACCUCCCAGCCCUUCAAGCUCCAGAGGUUCGAGGGCCGGCAUGCACUGCUCACGCCACUCAAGUCCGGCGAGGAGCUGAAGGUACCAGCUUCUCAGCUUGGCGGCUCCCAACGCGGGACUCUGCGCCCUGUGCGAAUUGCUAUCCCUAUCGGAGAGGUUACGAAGGCCGACCUGAUCGCAGGUCAUGUUCGAAGUGCCCUCAAGCAGCAGGAUGGUCUUCUCCAUCAGCAGUCUUUGCAGCCAAAGGUUUGCGUCGCAGAGGAUGGUCGGGUCGUUUGCGUGGAUGCCUUCCUGGAAGGAAGUGCGCCGUUGGACAAG